AUGGCAAAGGGACGACUCCGCGCCUCGCUCGCAGGACACCAGGCGAACACGGCCUACGCGGCCAAGCAGGCCAAGGCGGCCGCGGCAGCCAAGGUCAAGGCGGCUGCGUCCAAGAUCGCCCUCCCCGAGCGCAAGGCACUCAAGAAGCAGCGCCAGCUGCGCGAGCAGCGCGAGCGUGCCGGCGAGAGCGGCGAAGCAACAAUACCCUUCGCGCGGGACGACACGGUGCUCCUCCUCGGCGAGGCCAACUUCUCGUUUGCGCACGCGCUCGUCGUCGGCCGCGGGCACCCCGCCCACCUCGUCUGCGCGACCGCCUUCGACUCGGAGGAGGAGACAUACGAGAAGUACCCGGACGCCGCGGCGCACGUCGCCGCGCUCCGGAAGGCCGGAUCCCGUGUCGCGUUCAACGUCGACGCCGGUGCGCUCGACCGCGCGCACAAGGUCGUCGGCAAGGGCCGGAGGUGGUCGCGCGUCGUCUUCAACUUCCCCCACGCGGGCUCGGGCAUCACCGACCAGGACCGCAACGUGCGGGAUAACCAGGUGCUCCUGCUGCGCGCGCUCGCGAGCGUGUGGCCCCUGUUGACUGAGGGGCCCUCGUCGUUCCCCAUGCCGGUCAAGAAGGGGAAGAAGAAGGUCGUCGUCCAGCUGCGCGGCAAGAACAACCGCCCGCCGCGAGUGCGUGCGCCCAGCCCGCCGUCGGAUGACGAGGGCGAGCUGCCCGACAUUGAGGGCGACGACGAGGACAAGGCGACGCCCGUCGCCGCGAGCUUUACCCCGCCCCUCCGCCAGGGCUCGUUCCUCGUCACGCUGCUCAACCAGGAGCCGUACACGCGCUGGGAGCUCCAGCGCCUGGCCACCAAGCCCCCGCCUGCGCAGACCGACAGCCGCAAGCCGCAGCCCCGCUACCGCCUCCUCCGCUCGUUCGAGUUCGUGCCCUCCGCCUGGCCGGGGUACGCGCACCGCCGGACAAUCGGCUGGCGCGAGGGCCUUAGCAAGGCCAACAACGAGGAGAUUGUUGGGCGCGUUGGCAAGGCCAGGACGUGGGAGUUUGCGUGCUGGGACGGGCCCGAGGAGGAGUAG